AUGCAGAUGGCACGGCUUUGCUUGCAAUUGGUGUGCUUCUUGAAUUGGCUGCUGGCUACAGGCGGCAUCGAUUCGACCAAUGUCUCCGAAUUUAAGAGGGUGCCCCUCGAUCAUCAUCCCAUCAUGAGAUCCAUGCAUCGUGCUAGCAGCAAAUGGCGCACGCACACAGCUCUGCAACUUGCCGCCAGCUCCGGAGGCGACCUCAUCGAGACUGAUGUGUCAAAGUCGUCGAACUCUUCGAAGGUCGACCCCACCACUCGAUUGGAUCCAUCCAAGUGCAACAUCUUCAGUUUGUGGGAGAAGCCGAAAUCACAGCCAGAGCAGCCCUUAUUCCAGCGGUUAGUCAUUGAAGCAUGGCGCCGGCACUCACAUGGUCUUUGCAACGAGCCGUUUCUUAUCACAGAUGACAAUGUCCGGCAAGUCAUUCCGGAUAUACCAGAGGAGUACUUUCGGAUGCCAUAUCCUGCCGCGAAGUCGGACUUCAUUCGAUAUGCAGUGCUUUAUCACCAUGGCGGUAUCUAUGUUGAUUUCGACAUGCUCACCGUGCAAGACAUCGAUGAGAUUGUAGAGAAAGUUCAGCACUUGGACCUGGUCUCUUACAGCGACGGCUACGGCCGAGACCACGAGAAGUGCCAAGGAUUUUCGUCUAAUUUCCUCGGAGGUCGAAAAGGCAGCUCCUUCCAUCGAGCAGUUUGGGAAGCACAAAAAGCUGCUGUCAUGCGUCACUGCGACAUCUCGGAGAAGAAGGAAGAGAGAGUUUGUUGCUUUGCAGACGAGACGGAGCAGUGCCACAUCCCUUGGGGAGGACUGGGCGAGUGGAUUUCCCACAAGGUGUUUGAAGCAGCACAUCCCGACUCAACUUUCUGCUACAGCGGCAACGAGUCAUUCAAUCCGGACCGUUUCGAAUUUGUGUUGGAACACAAGCAGAAGCUCGAGGACGCAUAUGCUGAGUUCGAAUCUUCCCGCGUACCACAGCCUCUGAGCAGGCGGCUUUACCACUUUUUCAACGCGCUACAUGGAUGGGAGAAGCACACCUGUGCCACCCUUUUCAACGAGACGACAUUGGUCGGCCACAUUUUCUCAAGAAGCUUCUCAUCUGGCCAUGGCACAGCACCGAAGGAAGAUGCCAGCUCGCAUUUCUU